GGCGUCAGAAGCAGCUCGUGCUCAGGGACCGUUUCCGCGGUCUGAGCGAAUCCUCUCCCGCUCCCAGUCCUCCCAGCAUGAGCGUCCAGCCCCGGCGUGUCCGCCUGAAGCCCUGGCUGCUGGCGCAGGUGAACAGCGGCAGGUACCCCGGUCUGCAGUGGCUCAGCGCGGACCACCGCCUCUUCCAGAUCCCCUGGAAACACGCCACGCGCCACACGCCCGUGUCAGACGAGGAGAACACCAUCUUCAAGGCAUGGGCUCUGGAGACGGGGAAGUACCAGGAGGGAGUAGAUGAACCCGACCCUGCCAAGUGGAAGGCAAAUCUGCGCUGUGCUCUGAACAAAAGCCGCGAGUUUCAGCUGAAGUAUGAUGGCACCAAAGAGACGCCGGUCCAGCCGUACAAGAUCUACGAAGUGUGUGAGCACCCCGGGAGCACAGACGGCGCUGAGGACGAUGACGAGGAGAUGCCGAACCUGAUGGACCUCUCCAUCAAUCCCAGGCUGAGUGACUCCGCCCCCUUUGCCUCCUUCCCGGCUCCCUCAGAGAUGAACCAGUUCAGCCUACCCCCUAACGGGACAUUUGGACCGCCGCAUAUCCCAGUGCCUCUGCUUCCUGACAUCACCAUGACCUCUGACCUCCAGGGUCAGGCACACUUCCUCCAUAAUGGACUUCAGGAUCUGAACGCUGCCGCUGUGCAACCACAGCCGGACCUAAUGGAGGCCAGCGGCAUGGUGGGCAUCGAGAACCAGGCAGAGCCUCAGAACCACCAGCCCUGCAAGUACGACCUGCUGAGCAGCGUCCCACUAACAGAUCUGGACCUGAAGUUCCAGUACCGGGGCCGUACAAUGGGCUCUCUGAUCGUCAGUAACCCUCAGGGCUGCCGGCUGUACUACGGACACCUGGGACCGACCCCAGAGCAGGUGGACCUGUUCGGACCUGUCAACCUCCAACAGGUGCUGUUCCCGGGAACAUCAGAGAUGCAGAACGAGAAACAGCGAUUUUACACCGAGGCCUUGCUGGACGUGAUGGACCGCGGCCUGAUCCUGGAGAUCUGUGAGCAGGACAUCUACGCCGUCCGCCUUUGCCAGUGUAAGGUGUUCUGGUCUGGACCGGGCAUGCCAGAACACGGCCCAUCCAACCCCAUGGAGAGAGAAAAGAAGAUCAAGGUCUUCAGCCUCAACGACUUCCUGCAAGGACUGAUCCUGUUUCAGAAAGGCGAAGCCCCGAACCCGCCGCCCUUCGAGAUCUACUUCUGCUUUGGGGAGGACUGGCCUGACAAUAAGCCCAAAGAGAAGAAGCUCAUCAUGGUGCAGGUGAUUCCUGUGGUGGCCCGGAUCCUGACAGAGAUGUUCUCCGGAGAGCUGAGCUGGUCCACGGACAGCAUCCGGCUGCAGAUCUCAAACCCCGAUGUGAAGGAUCAGACGGUGGCACAGUUCAAAGAGUUGCAGAGGCUCCUGCAGAGCCAAAACAUCCAGGGACCC